AUGGCUACUCCAUUUGGUGUCGACUUGGGUAAUGACAAUACCGUCAUUGCCUGCGCAAGAAACAGAGGAAUCGAUAUCAUCGUGAAUGAGGUUUCCAACCGUUCCACUCCUUCUUUGGUUGGUUUCGGCCAGAAGAAUAGAUUUAUCGGCGAGACCGGCAAGAACCAGCAAACCUCCAACUUGAAGAACACUGUUGGCAACUUGAAGAGAAUCUUGGGUUUGAACUACAAGGACCCAGACUUCGAUGUUGAGUCCAAAUACUUCUCUUGUGGAUUGGCUGAGAACGACAAGGGUCAGAUCAACGCUAAGGUCAGAUUCUUGAAUGAGCCUCAGGAAUUUACCUCCACCCAGUUGGCUGCCAUGUACUUGAACAAGAUCAAGGACAUCACCGUCAAGGAGACCAAGGGCAACAUCGUGGACAUCUGUUUGUCUGUCCCAGUGUGGUUCACCGAGAAGCAGAGACGUGCUGCUUUCGAUGCUUGUAAGAUUGCUGGCUUGAACCCCGUGAGAAUUGUGAACGAGGUCACCGCCGCCGCCGUCGGGUACGGUGUCUUCAAGCAGAACGAGUUGCCUGAGGAGAAGCCAAAGAAUGUUGCUUUCGUCGACAUUGGUCACUCUUCUUACCAGGUUUCCAUCGCUGCUGUCAAGAAGGGUGAGCUCAAGAUUUUGGGUUCUGCUUACGACAAGCACUUCGGUGGUAGAGACUUCGACCGCGCUAUUACCGAGCACUUUGCCGAUGAGUUCAAGGGUAAGUACAAGAUUGACAUCAGAGAGAACCCUAAGGCCUACUACAGAGUUCUUACUGCUGCUGAGAAGUUGAAGAAGGUUUUGUCUGCCAACACUCAGGCUCCUAUUAACAUCGAGUCCGUCAUGAACGAUGUCGAUGUGUCUUCCUCUUUGACCAGAGAUGAGUUGGAGAAGUUUGUGCAGCCAUUGUUGGAGAGAAUCAACGUCCCUAUUGAGGUUGCCUUGAAGGACGCUGGUCUUACCACCAACGACAUUGACUCCAUCGAGAUCAUUGGUGGCUGCACCAGAGUUCCAAGCUUGAAGACCAAGUUGUCUGAGAUUUUUGGCAAGCCAUUGUCCACCACCCUCAAUCAGGACGAGGCCAUCGCCAGAGGUAACGCUUUCAUCUGUGCCAUGCACUCGCCAACCUUGAGAGUCAGACCUUUCAAGUUUGAGGACUUCAACCCAUACUCCGUCUCUUACUUCUGGGACAAGGAGGAGGAGGAUGACGACCACUUGGAGGUUUUCCCAAGAGGCGGCACUUUCCCAUCCACCAAGAUCAUCACCUUAUUCAGAAAGGGUGACUUCGAUGUCGAGGCUAGAUACACUAACAAGAACGAGAUGCCCGCUGGUGUUGAGGACUUGAUCGCCAAGUGGCACAUCAAGGGCGUGCAGGUCAACAAGGGCGAGAGCUCCAUUGCCUGUAAGUUGAAGUUGAGAAACGACCCAUCCGGCUUCUACACCAUCGAGUCUGCUCACACCGUUGAGGAAAAGAUCGUCAAGGAGUUGGUUGAGCCUAAGGAGGGCGAGGAAGUCGAUGAGGAUGCCGAGCCUCAGUACCAGGAGGUCAAGAAGUUGGUCAAGAAGGACGACUUGGUCCUUGAUGUCCAGUCCGCUGCCUUGACUGAGGAGGAGAGAGCCGUUUUCUUCGAGAAGGAGAACGCCUUGAUUGUCGCUGACAAGUUGGUUGCCGACACCGAGGACAGAAAGAACGCUCUCGAGGAGUACAUCUACGAGUUGCGUGGUAAGUUGGAGGACCAGUACAAGGACUUUGCCUCUGACGACGAGAAGAGCAGAUUGACCGACAUGUUGAUGAAGGCUGAGGACUGGUUGUAUGACGAUGGUUACGACUCGACUAAGGCCAAGUACAUCGCUAAGUACGAGGAGUUGGCUGCCAUUGGUAACCUUAUUAGAGGUCGUUACAUGGCCAAGGAGGAGGAGAAGAAGCAAGCCAUCAGACAGAAGCAGGAGGCCGAGCAGAUGGCCGCCAUGGCUGAGAAGAUGGCUGCUCAGAGAGAGGCCUCCAAGGGCUCCGAGGGCGAGAAGAAGGAAGAGAAGAAGGAGGAGAAGGGCGACGAGAUGGACCUCGACUAG